GUCCAUCGUCGUGGGGCCGUUUUUCCGCGUAGUUUUGGCCAAUGAAACGACGCCGUCGGCGGCCGCUGCCGGAGCAGGUCAUUUUCGAAUCUUCGCCGCCCCAGCCACCCCCCCGACCAUGUCCAUGACCAGCUUCCUCGUGCGCCGACUCUCGCGCCAGGGCGACGACCACCUUGCUGCCGUCUCCAUCACCGAGGCCGAGUGCAACACGCUCAUGAAGCACCUCGUGGAGCGCGACUUGCUCCCGAACGCGUGCCGGCAGCUGCUCGUGCGCCACAACACGGCGCCGGCGGCGCGCAAGGAGCCGACGCGCAUGGCCGCGCAGGUCGUCGACAAGGACGCCAACCACCACUAUGGCAUGAUCUACUUGUGAGAGGUCGACAGCCCAUCUCGUUAGCUCUUGUACCAGUACUGUAGUCGUCUCCUGAAGUCGUAACCUAAUAAUCUAUAUCCCACGCCGUCUGUGUCGAGUAUAAGAUAAGAUCUGGUUGAUGUACUAAUGGACUUUUUAUUAUUCGGGUGUUGCCGACUGGAGCCUGGCCAGAGCCUCGACGGCAUCCAGCACUUGCUGGAUGUGGCUGGCGAUCUCGCGCGCCUUGGCUUGGUGACGCUCGCGCUUCGCAGCCAAAAACUGCUUGCGGCCAGCGACAAAGGGCGGUACGUCCGCGGCGGCCAUUUCAACGUACACCUGCAAACCAAUGUG